AGGGAAGGUGAACCUCAAGGACACUGGUAUGAUAAGAUGUACUCGAUCCGAAGUCUUCCCACAACUUUGUACCGAGAGCGAGUGGAGGAGGAUGGGAUUGAGGACAUGACUCAACUUGAGGAACUUCAUGAAGCUGCUGUUUUACUCAACCUGAGGAAAAGGUUUGAACGGGAGCUGAUUUAUACGUAUAUUGGAAGUAUUCUGGUUGCUGUGAAUCCUUAUAAGAUGUACAAUAUUUAUGGAACAGACAUGGUGUUGCAACAUAAAGGGCAUGCUCUUGGUGAAAAUCCUCCGCACUUAUUUGCUAUAGCAAAUGCUGCUUAUACAAAGAUGAUGGAUGCCAAACAGAACCAGUGCAUUAUUAUCAGUGGGGAGAGUGGCUCUGGUAAGACAGAGGCCACAAAACUGGUCCUGCGUUUUUUAACUGCUGUACAACACAAGCGCAACAUAACACAACAGAUUCUUGAAGCAGCUCCACUUCUAGAAUCAUUUGGAAAUGCCAAAACUGUCAGGAAUGAUAACUCAAGUCGAUUUGGGAAAUACGUAGAGAUAUUCUUGGAGGAGGGUGUGAUUAGUGGUGCCAUAACUUCACAGUAUCUACUUGAAAAGUCAAGAAUUGUUUUUCAGGCCAAAGAUGAAAGAAACUAUCACAUUUUUUAUGAGUUACUCGCAGGGCUUCCUUCACAGCAAAAACAAUCUUUGUACCUUCAAGAGGCAGAGACCUACUAUUACCUCAAUCAAGGUGGAAACUGUGAGAUCAUUGGUAAGAAUGAUGGGGACGACUUUCGCAGGCUCCUCAGUGCCAUGGAAAUCCUUCAUUUUAAUGCAGAAGAUCAGAAUGGAAUCUUCAGGAUCCUGUCAUCUAUCCUUCACCUGGGAAAUGUCUUCUUUGAGAGAUAUGAGAGAGACUCUCAGGAGAUGGUGGCAGUGGUGAGCGCUCAGGAGAUCAGAGUUGUUGCUGAGCUCUUACAGAUUUCUCCUGAGGGCCUGCAAAAAUCUAUCACUUUUAAAAUGACGGAGACAAUGAGGGAGAAGAUCUAUACUCCCUUAACAGUUGAGAGUGCAGUUGACGCCAGAGAUGCAGUUGCCAAGAUCCUAUACUCUCUUCUUUUCAACUGGCUAACAGACAGAAUCAAUACACUGGUCUAUCCAGUGAACGAUGUCCUGUCCAUCUCUAUCCUGGAUAUCUAUGGAUUUGAGGACCUUACAUUUAACAGCUUUGAACAGCUUUGCAUUAACUAUGCAAAUGAGUACCUACAGUUCUUCUUCAACAGGGUUGUUUUCAGAGAUGAGCAGGAGGAAUACAGGCGAGAGCAAAUCUCCUGGGAAGAAGUGUCCUUCAGUGACAAUCAGGCCUGCAUUGACCUAAUUUCAGCGAAGCCUCAUGGAAUACUGCGCAUCCUGGAUGACCAGUGUGGUUUUCCACAGGCUACAGACCACACCUUCCUUCAGAAGUGUCACUAUCAUCAUGGCCAUAACCCACUGUAUUCCAAGCCAAAAAUGCCUCUCCCUGAAUUUAGCAUUAAACAUUUUGCUGGGAAAGUCACCUAUCAGGUUCAUAAAUUCUUGGACAAAAACUAUGAUCAGGUUCGCCAGGAGGUGCUUGAUCUAUUCAUACAAAGUAAACAUAAGAUGGUUGCAAAUCUGUUCAUUGAUUAUUCAGAAGUUAUCAGCCAGCAGAAAACACACAUCAGAAAGAACAGCACAGUAACACGCCGAUAUCAGGCCUCUACAGCUGCUGCUAAGUUUCAGAUGUCACUUUUGGAGCUUAUGGAGAAGAUGGAGAGAUGCAACCCAUUUUUCGUGCGCUGCAUAAAGCCAAACAAUAACAAGGAGCCUCAUAUGUUUGACAUGGAACAAGUGGCCACUCAGCUUCAUUACUCCGGGAUUUUGGAGACCAUUCGCAUCAGGAGAGAGGGCUAUCCAAUUCGAGUUCUCUUUGAUGUCUUCCUCUUCAGAUACAAGUCUUUGCUUGGGCUAAAGCAGCCUCCUCCUGCUACUGGAGAAAAUUGUGUCAUCAUGCUGGGAAAGCUUUGCCCUUUAAGGCCAGGAGCUUUUCAAGUAGGGGUUACCAAGCUGUUUUUAAAGGAGGACAUAUAUUACGUACUGGAAAGUAAAAGAGACAGAGUGAGGCACAUAGCUGCUCUGACCCUGCAGCGCUACACUCGAAUGUUUUUUGUACGGAAACGAUACAAAGCAUUUCGCAUGAAAAUCAUACGAUUCCAGGCCCACUGCCGAGGCUUUCUUAGACGAAAACAAUAUGUGAAAAUGAAAGAGAGUGUGGUCAAAUUCCGCUCAGUGGUCAACAUGUGUGUCAAUCAAAAGAGAUAUGUUAAGAUUAGACUUGAAGCCAGGAGAAAGGCAGAGGAGGAAAGGAUCAAACUUGAAAUGGAAUUAUCAAAAAGGGAGGUGGUUAAUGUCACCCACUUGGUGAUUCCAGCAGAACUUGGAGGGUUAUUGCAAGCAGUUGCAGGUGGCAGAGAGCUACACUCUGAUUGUUUAGCCCUGGUGCAGGCUCCAACUGUUCAGGUGGAACCCCAACUCACACUACCACUUGACAUCAACAACUACCCUCUUUCUAAAUUCAUCCAGCUUAAUUUUAGAGAGCCAAAGUUUGGAAUGUUGACCUCACCUUUAAAAGCACCGUUGACUUAUUUGGAUGAUGAUCUCACUCAUGAAGCUCUAAACACCUUCAUCAUGAUCAUGAGGUUUAUGGGUGACCCACAUUUAAAUGGUGCCCAGGAGAAUUUACUUGGAAAUUACAUAAUUCAGAAAGGGCUUAGCAAUUCUGACCUGAGGGAUGAAAUUCUGUGUCAAAUUGCCAAUCAAGUCUGGAGAAACAGCAACCCAGACAAUGCCGAAAGGGGCUGGCUGCUGAUGCUCGGCUGCCUCAGUGCAUUUGCACCUUCAGCCAGAAUAGAGAAAUACCUCCUGAAGUUUGUCUCAGACAAUGCCCCCAAUGGCUAUAAAGCUGUUUGCCAACAUAAGCUAAUACAGGCCAUGCAGAAGUCUCUUUAUGGACCAGAGACUGCAAGAACUUAUCCACUGUCCCUACUGGAGUGGACUGCCAACAGGAAAAAAGCCAGCAUGGUGCUACAGGUGCACUGUUUUGAUGGAACCUCCUUCCUUUGUCCUGUGCACUCAUGGACCAGUGGAGAAGAUCUGGCUGGGGAUAUCCUGAAGCACAGGGUUGUUUUAGAGUCUUGGAAAGGAUGCUCUGUCCUAAUGAAGGAGCAUGGGCAGUGGGCAGAGCUUGCAGGACAUGAUUAUGUUAUGGACCUGAUUGCAGACCUUGAGCUGAUGAAAGACUUUCCCAAGCAGAAGUCCUACUUCAUUAUCUCAGCAGAGAGUCCAACCAAAACCAGACCAAAUGCCAGCCUUGCUCUGUUUGGAAGUGGUUUUGAUUCAGAUGAUGAUAUCCCACUCCUGAACCCUCCACCAACAGCUGGCAGUCUCCCAGAUUCAGAUGGAUACUAUAGUCAUGAAUCAGAUUUCAGUGAGGCACCACCUCACAGAGGUAUGGACCAAUAUCUAGACAGCUUAUUUGACCCAGUGCUGUCUGAUGCCAGUAUGGACCUGGAAAGACCAACCAGCAUGUCUAGCAGAUUGAAGGGAGCCAGUGGGAUUGGAGAUGGCGAAGGAGAAGAGAAAGAGAAGGCACAAGCUGAUAGGCCUUAUCCUCCAGGACUGCAGCCCGGUGCGGUACCUGUUCUACCUGUUAUGGGAACAAUGAUGCCGCCUAUACCUAUGCCAGCUAUGCACUCUGUGCCUGCCAUUCCCGCACCUACAUCUACAGAUACUGGUCCCUCAGUUUCCUCAGUAUCCCCAAUGCCAUCAACCCCAUCAAUGCCAGCUAUGCCAGCAAUGCAUCCUAUGCCAAUGUUGCCUCAUAUACCACCUAUUCCAGUUUUACCUAAUGUGCCACCAGUGACUGAUGCACCAGAUCAAAGCAUCUUUGCUCAGCAGCAGCAAGCCAUUAUCAACCAGCAAGCAAUCAUUUUGGCUCAGCAAAUGACUAUGCAAGCAAUGGCCCUUCAACACCAGAUGUAUAGUUCAGCAAGCAGGUCAUACCCUGGCCACCCUCAUCACAGUGAACAUAUGCCAGUGCCUCGUUCUGGCCAGAUGAAGUUGGAAACUGGAUCCAGUUCUUACACUCAGGUUCUGCAGAGGCCUGUCCAGACAAAUUAUGGGCCAACCAGGAAAGUACCACCAGACGAUGUGGUGAGGUCUACCAUCUCAAACUCUGAGCAUAUAGAACCAAGUCACAACAUCAAAGACAUAAUCAAGCAGUACCAGCCUGGUACAGUCCAACCUAUAGCGCUUCCAAGAAAAGAGGCUAAAGUUUUUGUCAAGAAGCCAGACCCUCAUGAUGAAGCUAUGAUCAUUCUUAAAGACCAGAUGAGUGCUCCACCAGCCCCGCGAAAAAAGCACUAUGGUCCAAGCUCCUCUGCUUCAGAUGUAACAGAAAGUGAAGGACUGCAGCCAUCAAAAAGCAUGAAGAUGAAAAGAUCACCUCCUGUACCUGCGGCCAGUCAGAGGUCCCCAAUGCCUCCACCUGUAUCUCGAGAGCUCCCACUUGAAAAGGAGGCAAUUCAGACACAGCUUCACAGGAGGAGCAGUGAGGAGCACUACACCUACACAAAUGUACCAUGGAAAAUCUACCUAAGGAAAGAGGUUUUCUAUCCUAAAGACAGCUUUAACCACCCACUGGUGUUAGAUCUUCUGUUUAAACAGGUUGUUCAUGAUACAUUCUCAGAAGCUUGCAUUCGCAUUACAAAAGAGGAGAGAGAGAAAAUGAUAUCUCUUUUUGCUGAGAACAACAUUGAUUUGGAGGACACAAUAAAGGAUGAGAAUGUAAAGAAAAAGGUUGUUAUUGCAGCAAGAGACAGCUGGGAGAUCUACUUUUCUCGUCUUUUUCCAGCAUCUGGCAGUGUGGGCACUGGUGUUCAGGUUCUUUCCGUGUCCCAUAGAGGAAUUAAACUGCUUAAGAUGGUGAGGAGCAGUGCACUGGCCCCAGAUUACUUCAGAGUGUUAAGACCAUACAGCUACACAGAUAUCAUGUUUGUAACCAUUCCAUCAAAGAACAUGCUGGAGUUCAACCUCACCAAUGAGAAACUGAUUCUGUUCUCAGCCAAAGCUCCACAAGUUAAGACUAUGAUUGACUACUUUCUCACAGAGUUGAAGAAGGACUCAGACUAUGUGGUUGCUGUGCGUAAUUACAUCACAGAUGACAGGACAAUGCUGAGUUUCCAUAAAGGAGAUAUCAUACGCUUGCAGAAAAUGGACGGGCUGGAGGAAGGCCAGUGCUAUGGUUGCAUUGUGAAAAAGAAGGUCAUGCUUUUUGAAGAAUUAAAGCGAGACUCACCUGAUUUUGGGUGGAAGUUUGGGGCAGUCCAUGGCCGUGCAGGGGUUUUCUCUAUGGAGUUUGUUCAGCCAGUUGCAGCUCCAGACUUUAUCAAUCUCCCUGUGGACAAGAAAGAAGAGCCCAGGAACAAACAGGGUCGUGUGGCUGCAUCUGCUGCUUUGGCUGUGGCUGUUGGCUCCACCGCUGCAGCCCAUGAGCUUGACCGCUCUAUUGAGGUGACUUCAGCAGGCAGUGAAUAUACAGAGGCGCAUAUACAGAACAGUAACGUGGAAAUUGACAAGAGGAUUCUGCAAGACAGCCAAUACAACAUGGUAGAGUUUGCCAAGAAAUAUUUUAGAGAGGCCCAGAGAAAGACCAGUGAUUCCCAAAAACAAAAGUCAAGGAAAGGAAGGGAAGCCAAGGAACCUUCAGAUAUGGUGGCAUUUUCCAAGUCCCCUAUCCAGGAGUCACUGAUUGAGUUCACUGAUGAAAAUAUGAACAAGGUUGCUGCAGACAUUUUUCUGGCUGUAAUGAAGUUUAUGGGAGACUACCCAAUGAAAGGUCAAACUGAGCAAGACAUCAUCAGCACCAUAUUGAGGCUUACUGGCGAGUAUGGGUUAAUGAGGGAUGAAGCAUACUGCCAGGUCCUCAAACAAAUUACUGGAAACACCAGUUCCAAAACAGACAGCUGUCAAAGGGGCUGGAAGCUCUUAUACAUUCUUACAGCAUACUACAGAUGCUCAGAAGCACUAAAGCCCUAUCUUCUUAAAUACCUCCAAGAUGUCUGUGCAGGCCCAGAGGUGCACUUUCAAGGCAUUGCUAAAGCCUGUGAACUGAACCUGAGGAAGACAUUUCAAUAUGGUGGGCGAACUAAAUAUCCUAACAACAUGGAACUAAAGGCUAUAAUGGCAAGCAGGAGCUCCAAACGUCAGCUGUUUCUUUUUCCUGGUGGAAUUGAACGCCAUCUGAAAAUUAAGACUUGCUCAGUCGUUUUGGAUGUCAUUGAAGAGCUAUGCUAUGAGAUGGGUCUGCACAUACUGGAGGGAAUGGAUGAAUAUGCUAUAUUUGUUGUCACAAACAGAGGUCAGAAUGUGCAGCCACUGAGCAAAAGAGAAUAUAUAUUGGAUGUGACAACAGAAGCAGAACCUAUAGACAGCAACCACAGUCUGUGGUUUAGAAGAGUGAUUUGGAAUCAGCCACUGAAAUUUGACAAUGAGCUUGGAAUCAGCGUGCAUUACAAUCAGGUGACCCCUGACUACCUGAAAGCACUUCUGAAUGUUGUGCCUCAAGGGAAGGUUAGUGAGCAGCAGCUUCAGCAGGUGUCAAAACUGGCUGCCCUGCAACAUUGCGCCAAGGACGGAAUCUCUCUUCCAACAAUCCGUGAGGUCCAGGAAUGUGUUCCUUCUCCACUGUAUAGACUUCAGUCCCCGCAGCAGUGGCUGAACAUGGUUACCCACCACAUGCAACAAGUUAAGGCUCUCAGCCCACAUCAAGCCAGAGCCCAAUUCCUGGGACUCGUGAGUGUUUUCCCCAUGUUUGGCUCAUCGUUCUUCCAUAUACAAAGCGGUAGCAGCAGCUCCAUUGACUGCCCCUGCAUACUGGCUGUCAGUCAAAAUGGCCUGCAUUUUCUAAACAAAGAAACACAUGAGUUGAUGGUAAAGUUUGCUCUAAAAGAGGUGCAGUCCACCCGGACACAGAGGCCUCUAGCCGGCUCUUGCUAUCCUUAUGUUGAAAUCAUGCUGGGGGAUCUGACAUCUCAACGUAUCACGCAACUUCAAGUUGACCAGAGUCUGGAGCUGUGCCGUGUUAUUGCCAUGCACAUGGAGAACAUGUUGUCUGUGCGAGAGAAGAGAUUAACCCUGCCACCCAGCGAGAUUACACUGCUUUAAUAUGGCUUCAAACAACACCUCAACUGUUUUACUGUUCCAUUUUUUUAAAAAUAUGAAAUUUAAUUUCUUUUAUUAUAUUACGUCCUAACAAUUCUGACAUCACACUAUGUUUUGAUGGAAUUUUACCAAAUUUCAUUUCAUUCUAACAUUUACAUUAUUUUAGGGCCAAAUCAAAACUGUCAUAGGUACGGCUACCUCUCAUCACCGUGAGGAAAAUGUUUCUAUGGAGGUAAAGGAUGUAAAACAUAGUGAAUAGAAAUAUAUUUUAAAGUACCGGUAUGUCAUUUGAUGCUGCUGGUUUCUUUGUGGAACAAAAAAUUUAUUUGUUUGUAUUUCUAAAAUUCAAAUGUAAAUAGUAAAA